UUUCCGUUCCCCUCUCGGCUGUAAUUCAGCUCGGCGGCUCCUCGCGGUUUUCCUAGAGGGUACCGGCUUAGCAAACACCUCACGCCUGUCCCUCCACGGGGGGCGGGGCUACGAAGGAGAUGCUGCGUGGUGAUUGGUUGCGGCUCGUUAAGAACGUGCCUACGGGGUGUUGGACCGUCCACACCAGGCGGUGACUGGUUGCAGAGAGGCGGGGCGACUCGACCGCUGGAGAAGUAGCCGCAGCUGUGAGGAGAGCCAUGCGUCAGGCGGCCAAGGUUUUACAGCUCUUUAAAACACUGCACAGGACCAGACAACAAGUUUUUAAAAAUGAUGCUAGGGCAUUAGAAGCCAGAAUAAAGAUAAAUGAAGAAUUCAAAUGUAAUAAAAGUGAAACUUCUCCUAAGAAAAUAGAAGAGCUAAUAAAAAUAGGUUCUGAUGUUGAGCUGAUACUCAGAACAUCUGUUAUACAAGGUAUUCACACAGACCACAAUACGCUGAAAUUGGUCCCUAGGAAAGACCUUCUUAUAGAAAAUGUGCCGUAUUGUGAUGCACCAACUCAGAAGCAAUGAAUUUUUCUCGAAUAAAAUUAAGUCUUUAUCAUUUUUAAUUUUAAAGUAUAUAACUCUGGCUAAACUCCUGGAAAUGCAAAUAUUUUUCUCUGAAAUGGCAUAUUGAAAUUGAGUGCAUUAAAUUAUAGUUUCAUAAUUAAGUUUCACGUUGAAAGAACAUUGCUGAAAACUGCAGAACAUAGUUAAGUAUUUCUAAAGAACAUUAGGUAAGAAGACAUUUCAUUUUCACUGAAAAUCAAACUGUAUAAAGUGAAAUAAAUGCUUAGGGAGGUAUAUCAUAUUCACUUCUGUUUGACAUUAAUGAGUAUUUUGGUUUUAUCAUAGCUAUUUGAGAAUGAAGUGUUUUGACAGGUUGGUGGGUUUUCUUCCCAUGUGAAAUGAAACUAUUAGAUUAAAAUUAUUAGAUUAAGUUAACAUUUAGUCCCGAAAAGAAUUGGUCUAAAAACCACAGUGUGUGCCAACUUUCCACAGAAGGCAGCCUUUGUUCCUAAAGCACUGAAAUUAUUCCUGUAGCUAACAAAUAAUUAUACAGUUUCCUUUUAGAGAUAGAGUGUAUCUCUGUUCCUAAAAGAAAAUUUUUAAUCAGUCUUCUGAAGAUAGAUGAAUAAAAUGUCAAAAUCACAUAACAUAACUGUGGAAUAAAGAAAUUCUAAUUUUUUAAGGAAAUAGUGUCCCUUGAUCCAACUAUAUAAUAUAGGCUUAGUAGAAUUAGCUGUACUUAGACCACAGCUAGACCUUAUUGUGAAAAUGUAAUAUAUGGCUGCAUCCUCUUCAUUUUAAUCAAUAAAAUCUAAAUGGCUUUUUUUUUUUUCUCCAACAUUUUUCAUCCCUGACAAAAUUGACAGUAUCACAGAACAGCUUGGCAUUCUACCAUCUAAUGAUAGGAACUAUAAAACUGUGUUUAAUAUUCUUCUUGUUUCUCUUUUAUCUAUGCAUCUUUACCAUUCUGUUUUCUCAGUGAGCAGUGUAUUCUCUUCCAUUCACUGGUCAGUUCUUCCAUUUGAUGAUGAUACAGCGUUUUUAAGAUUUUACAAGCGUUUUACAAGAUUCUCAAUGCGAGCUUUGUUUGUUGGCAAACAUAUUGGUAUUGCCAUGCUCAAUAUAAAAUGUCAUGUUUUAAAAUAAUUUAAUUUUAGUAGAUAAAAAAAUUAUCAAAAUUGCCUAGACAUAGUACACUUAACAGUAAACCAGAGACUACCCUUAAUGCCUCCUAAUACUUUGGAGAUUAGUAGUCUGCGAAAUGGAUUAUAUAGGUCAAAAGAUUUGCUACAUAAUUUUUUUAUGUCUCACGCCUCUUUCUUAUUGUGUGUAUGGAAAUUAUACCUACAUAAACGUUGUUUCAGAUUUGAAAUUUGCCCUUAUAAGAAAAUGCUAAAGGUCGUCAUGACACAAUCACUGGUAAAUUCUCUGACUUACUAUUAUUUCAGUAAGUGUCUAUAUUAUGUCUUUUGAGGAAAGUUGGCUAAAAUAGUUUAAAUUUAAUAUAUAUUUUAAUUGUUUUAAUAUUAUUUAACAUUUUUAGAAGUUUCUAGUUUUUUCCUUUAACCUGAAUUCCCUUGUUCCAUUCUUCACUCAUGUUAAUUUAAAUAUCUCAUCAAAAAAUAGUUGUUUUUUUUUACAAUCUAGUUAUCAUUAGGAGCAACAGAGAUUAAUAACUAACAUGUUACAUAAAAUAAAAAAUGAUCAUUCAGAUGUUUAUUUUAUUAAAGCUAGUACGUUAGACAUUUUAAGAUAUAUACUAUAUAUGUAUAUGUAUUAUAUAUAUAUAUAGUGAUUUUGUGCCUUAAGACUAUGCAGUACAGUUCCUAUGUAAUAUACCAGGAUAUCAACAAUAGGUUUCACUGUCAUAAAGUUUUGAGAGAUUUGGCACCCUGUCCUUAAAGAGCAUAUAUUUAUAUUUCAAAUUAAUUUUAACAUUAUUUAAUAGUUUUAUUAGAUCAGUUAAAACAAUUUAUGAGUUCUUGGCCUGUUGUGAAACAAAGAUUGUCAGUAUUCUAGAGAGUAAAUUUUGAGAAUGAUGAUUAUCUAAGUGCCUGACUUCUCUGUGGUACAAUGUCAGAUUUAAUUAAAUCUUUUUUAGUUAGUUAAAAAAAAGGUUCCCAUGUUCCCAGAGGGAAUUACCCACAUCUAACAUUUCACUUUGACUAUUGAAACCCAGUGAAAGUGGGUGGGUGCAAAUUCUAAUUGCAGAUAUCUAGGCUCAGAGGCCCAGCAGGACUUUGUAAAACAGUCUUUUGGCAGAAGUCAGAAAGGGUGUAUGCCAGGAGACUUAGAUUUGGCAAGCAUAUGUGGGGAAGAAUCCUUCACUAAAGAUUUGAAGCUAAAGGAAAUAUGAGAGAUAGUUUGCAUAACAUCUAAUUCAGAACAUUGAAAUUAAGAUUUGAGUAUAAUUGUGUUUAAGUUGGUCCUCAUUUUGCCUUCAGUUGCAUAUUUUAACAUCAGUACAAUGUCCAAAAAGCACACAAUAAUAUGAAUAGGUAGAAUUUCUACACUCAUUGACAAAACCAAUCAUUUCACUGUAAACACAAAGCCAUAGAUCAACAAAGAAGUGAAAAUUCCAUUUCUUAAGCAGAAUUUUCUAAAGUGAAAGUAGAUAAAUAAAAAAUUAAUGUAACUUUACUAUAUAUCAGGAGUAACCUAUCAGAAAUGAAAUGGAAAAAAGAUCCUGUGUAUAAUAGCAAACUAAACUAAAAUAGGAAGCAACAUUUUAAAAAAACUGUAAAACUUAAAAAUGAAAGAUGUACUGUGUUCCUAGAUGGGACAGUUGAAAAUUGUAGAGAUGACAGUUCUUUAAAAUGUAAUCUAUCAAGAUCCCAACAGAUUCACAGAUAUGUGUACAUAAAAAUAUAAAACUUCUGUAUUCUGUGAAAGCUACUAUAAAUAAAGUUUAGAGAAAUUUGCCACCGAUGUAGUAAUUAAAAUAGUUAAGAUAUAAAAUGUUCCUAAGACUCAGCAAAAGAUAACUAUGGAAAAAUGGGCAAAUGAUAUAAAUAAGAAAUUCAUAAAACAAGCAAUACUAACCCAUUUAGUGGUCAGAGAAAUGUAGGUUAAAACAAAGGAAACAUUUUUCGUCAUCAAAGUUGCAAAAGUUAAAGAAACUGGUCAUAUCCAGUAUAUGUAAAGGUGAUACGCAUGUGAGAAAAUGGGCACUCUCAUAUAUUUCAGGAAGGAAUGUAAGUUAUAGGGCCUUUUUGAAAGGGAAAUUGACAUCAAAAUUUAAAAUAAACAUACUAUUCAGAAUGUAUCCCAGUGGCUCACAAGAAUACUAAUAAAUGUACACCUCAAGUAUAUGUACAGAAAUUUCUACAGCAUUGUUUAAACAGCCUAAAUUUCCAAAUUUAGGGGAACAAUGAAGGAAGAUAUGGCUCGUUCAUACUCUGGGAUAUUAUGCAGAAGUUGAAAAGUAUGAUAUAGAAUAUAUAUAUAUGUAUAUAUAUAUACAUGUCAAGUGAAAGAAGCACGUCACAGAAUAUAUAUUCUCUUUGAAUCCACUUAGAUACAAAACAACUAUUUUUGUACACAUAUAUGCAUAUGUGUAUAUAAAUACAUAGAAGUAAUGCAUGCUAAAUGUUAAUAAUUAGUCUGGGAGAAAAAUGAGAUUUGGGGAAGGGGACUAGUAACUUGAGGACUUUUAUUCUGAUAACUCCUGAAUGUUUAAAUGUUUUAUAAUUUUUAAAGGACAAUAAUACCUAAGCUACUAGUGAUUUUUAUGUAAAAUUUUAAAUUAUAAAAUGUUUCAAAUAUCAGCAACUGGUACAUCAGACACUCGUAAACCUAAUUCCCACAUUUGACAGAUGUUACAUUUUGCCACAUUUGUUUAACAAAAAUCUCCUUCCGUUUAAGUCAUAAAAUCCUGUAAAGCUGAAAUCCUACCUCCCGUUUUAUUUUCUUGUCUCAUUUCAGGGAUAAUCACUAUUUUAUAGUCAGUGGAUAUCACUCCUGUACUUGUUUUUAUACUUUUAUCAAACGUGUGUGUGUUCAAAACAAUAUAUUGUAUUGUUCUGUGGCUUUAAAAUGCAAGUGAAUGGUGUUAUGCUCCAUAUAUUCUGCAACUUACUUUUCAUCACACAUUAGGUUCUGAGGUUUAUCUAUACUGUUGGAUAAAUAUCUAGGUCUUUCACUUUUAUGUCUUAUUCCAUUGUAAGAAUAAGCUAGUUUAUUUAUCCAUGUCUCUUGAUAAACAAUAGUAUUGUUUCAUUUUUUUGAUAUUGCAAAUGAAUUUACUGAAAGCACUAGCACAUGGAUUCUUGCACCCAUGUAAAAGUUUAUCUAGGUAUAUACCAAGAAGCAGAACUGUUGAGGCAUAGGGUAUGUACAUAUUCCAGUUUUCCAGGAAUUUUUCACUUGUUCUUUAAAGUAACUGUACCAAUUUAUACCCCAAUCAACCCUGUGUGAGAGGUCCCUUUUCACCAUAUCCUCACUGUUAUUGUUAUAUAUAACUUUUCUCAUUUUUGUCAAACUCAUGGAUAUGAAAAGCUAUCACAUUGUUUUAAUUUGCAUUUCUGGAUUACUGGUGAGGUAGAUCAGCUUGUCAUGCUUAUGGUCAUUACAGUUUUCCAUUAUGAAUGUGUAUUUAUAUCCUUUGUUCACUUUUCUCUAUUGGGUUGUCUGGCUUUUUCUUACUGAUCCUUUAUAUACUCUUGAUAUUAAUCCUGUGUUGGUUAUCUGUGGUACAAUUGCCUUUUUCCAAUAUGUGACUUGUCUUUCAAUUCUGUUUAUGAUAAACCUGUAGUUUGGGACUUUUUUUUAUCAUAUUCAUUAAAAAAACUUUUAUUAAUUUUGCC